AUGCGGUCCCUAUCCCCCGUACUGGCCUCUUUGGCCAAUGUGUUCCGAAUCCCCAUGACCAGGCCAGCAAUUGCCUCGACGACAGCAUUGCUGCAAGGUACUUCGCAGCAGACAUCCUCUUUCUCGACAACGCCAUCGCUAGCCAAGCGCAAGAAUGCUGGUUACAAGCCGGACAAGCGCGUCACUCUCAUUAGAUACUUUCUCUACCACCCUCUCACCCCACGCCCUCUCCGCUUCUCGCGAAACAGAUACCUACGCCACUGGACCAUCCACCGCGCCUGGAACCUAUACCAGAACCAAUUGCGCACCGAGCACGAAAUGGAGCUGCAGCGCCAACAGCAGGCCAUGUCAGCCGCGUGCGAGGAAUUGCGAACAGGUUGCGGCGAGCGCGGAGCGCGUCUCUUCCGACUUGCGAUGAAUAAGAAAGGUGUUUUCACGGACUUGUUCCCGAUUGAGUAUGGAAGGUUGCAGACGGAUAGUCCGCCAAAGGAUGGGUGGAAUCAUGAGUGGAAGAAGAUUUGA